UGAAUUCAAACGCGUUUUUCCCGCCUCCCAGUGACUCUCUCGGAUUGGCUCGACCGGCCCUUCCCUUUGUGACGCCGCUGAAUUUGCACACAUCCGGUUAUUUUUCUCCCGUUUUUAUAUUUGUAAAGAGGGAAUAGGCCGAGUAACGUCGAGCCGAGAGCAAAGAGGGGAAUAAUAAGAGACGAAUACGUUUCGGUGGUUCGUACCGAGCUCCGCGCAACCCCAGCGAUAAGUCAGAGGCGGUGGCGCGGCUGGUGAAGGAGACGGAGCAGGAAGCACAGGCCGCCCCGUAGGAACGUAGAACCCUAUUGCCAAAGCCGGUGUUGCCGGAAGUGUGUGUCCGUGCCCUUCAGUGUUCCCAGUAUGGCCUCAGCGCUGUACGCCUGCACCAAGUGUCACCAGCGAUACCCGUUCGAAGAGCUCUCCCAGGGGCAGCAGCUGUGCAAGGAGUGCCGAAUAGCUCAUCCCAUUGUGAAAUGCACAUACUGUAGAUCAGAAUUUCAGCAGGAGAGUAAAACCAACACAAUAUGCAAGAAGUGUGCGCAAAAUGUUAAGCAAUUUGGCACUCCCAAGCCUUGCCAGUACUGUAACAUCAUAGCUGCAUUCAUUGGCACAAAAUGUCAGCGCUGCACCAACUCAGAGAAAAAAUAUGGACCUCCACAGACAUGUGAACAGUGCAAGCAGCAAUGCGCUUUUGAUCGGAAGGAGGAGGGAAGAAGAAAGGUUGAUGGAAAGUUAUUGUGCUGGCUUUGUACCCUCUCCUAUAAGAGGGUUCUUCAAAAGACUAAAGAGCAACGGAAAAGUCUGGGAUCAACCCAUUCAAAUUCGUCUUCCUCUUCUCUUACGGAGAAAGAUCAGCAUCAUUCUAAACAUCACCACCACCACCAUCAUCACCACAGGCACAGCAGCAGCCACCACAAAAUUAGUAGUCUGAGUCCAGAACCAGAGCAGGGAAUAUGGAAACAAAGUCAUAAGUCCAGUACCGUGAUUCAGAAUGAAACUCCAAAGAAAAAGCCCAAACUGGAAUUCAAGCCAUCUAAUGGAGAUAGUAGCUCUAUCAAUCAGUCCACGGACAGUGGAGGCACAGACAACUUUGUCCUGAUCAGCCAGUUAAAGGAGGAAGUGAUGUCUCUGAAGCGUCUCUUGCAGCAAAGAGAUCAAACUAUUCUUGAAAAGGACAAAAAGCUAACCGAGUUGAAAGCAGACUUCCAAUACCAAGAGAAUAAUCUGAGGACAAAGAUGAACGGCAUGGAUAAAGCUCACAAAGACUUUGUCGAGCAGUUGCAGGGCAAGAACCGAGAAUUACUGAAGCAAGUUGCAGCUUUGUCAAAGGGUAAAAAAUUUGACAAAAGUGGGAGUAUACUUACAUCUCCUUGAGGAAAAGUAAAACAGGAGGACACAGCGUAAUUCUGUGAAGCCCUUAAAAAUACUUAGGGGAUAAACGGGUAAACUCUCAGUACCGUGGUAAUCGUUUUUUAAAGCUAGUACUUGGGUUUUUAUUACUACUAAGUCUCACACAAAGCAACUUCAACUGGCUUGAAGACCAUUUUGUGUCAGUUCUGCAGUGGGAGGAAACACUACAGCACUGUCCUUCAGUCACAAGGCAAUAAACACAGGAAUAAAACGUCAAAACAACAGAAUAAUAUCAGUAUGUGGCCUUACAUUACCUACUGAUGCUCUCACUCACUAGCUGCUUUCAUCCUACGUGGCACACACAUUCACCUUUUGGUUUUAUUGUAAGUAGAUGUUUGUAUUAGACUCCGGCAGGUUGAAUUAAGGUGCUUAACCCUCUCAGUGCUGGACUGACUUGCAGUGUAUUUAUUGUCUGUACAUUGCAAACCCCCUCAGCAUUGGAUUAGGUUAAAUGAACUACUGUGUAAAUGAAGAGAUUUAUUGUAGAUCGACAUUUCAUUUCUGAAAAUCCUAAAUGUAUUGUAUCGUGCCUGCUGGAUGAAAGGUGUGCUUUUUGUACCGCCUGUUGUGAAUUUAUACUUGCAAGUGCCUUUUGUUGUAAGAUUUAAUUUAUUCAAGUAUUUACGAGGAGGGGAGACGUGUACAUAAUGUGUAUAAUGUUCUUAUGUGGAGGUUUUAUCACUUAUGUACUGAUCUGUAAGCAGAGGGCCACAGAUCAAAGCUAUAGGGCCAGAAAUUGGGAAGCUUUUUUUUUUUUCUUUCCAGAUGUUGAAUGAACUUUUGCCAAUCCCUUUGGCUACUGUGGGUUGUAUCUGAAUGUCUGGGGGGCUGAAGCUUGGGUGGUGCUGAUAGGAGUGCAAGCAGUUGUGUUGAUCUCUGAGCAGAGGCCAUACUCAUGGCUCUGGGGUGUGGAUAGCCAUGUAACCUGUACUCAUCAUGGCCAUAUUUGUGUAGUUUAGUAGGUUUUAUCUUGUACAUACUAAAGCUGUUCGUAAAAUAACCAUGCUGCCACUUCUGCAGGCAGAGCGUCUAUAACCCUUGUAAUCGUGCUUUUGUGGCACUAGAUGGAAUCCCGACAUCAUGGAAUCUCUAGCAGGACAUGCAGCUGUAGGUAGUUUAUGCAAGAAGCUGGUACCGUAGCCUGCAGUUGUACAUAUCACUUUAUGUGCAUUUCAAAGGUAACUUCCUGCGUCUUGUAAAAAAUAAUUUUCUGAUCCUCCCCCACAUAUAUACUGUUUGUUUUUGUUUUUGUUCUUUUUUUCUUUACCAGGUGGCCAUAUUUUAAAAUAUUCAUUCUUUGUGUGUAGAGAGAGUUUAUGCAUGUACAGGUACUAAAUCUCCACCUUCCUGUCAUCAUAACACACUCCAGGGAAUUUUUAAAUACUUUGUAUUAUAUACAAUGGCCGGUGUGUGUAUGGUUGUUCUAUGUAAAGCUGUAACCAACCUGUCUAUUUAAAACUACAUUGUUAUGAUCCAAAUUAAAGUUUGCCCUUAGAUUUCAGAGACCUAUACCCACUAGUAACAUUUUUUUGCAAUUUUUAGAUUUUUUUUUUUUUAUCUGGCACGGGAUCGCCCUCUGCCACUUUGUGUUUAAAACUGCUAAUAUCAUGACGGCUAAAAUAAAAUGUCAAGUAGAUUUCCUCUUACUAAGUGCUUGGCAAGCACUAUCAUUUUAGUCUUGUGUUUGUCAUUGGGAGUAUUAAUCUAUAUACAUGAGACACUCUUACAAUACCAGCACAUUUUAUGCUUAAUGCCAGCCCACAUGAUAAGUGUGUGUGAUUUUUAGACCCAAUAAUCGGCGACUGAAACGAGUGGCUAAAAUGCCUGCGGGCACCGUGCUUUUUAUGUGACUGUGUGUGUGUGUCUUAAAUAUACCUUUUUAUAUUCUGUCUUAAACAGAGGGAAAUUAGAAAAAAAUAAAAAUGUCUGCAAGUAGCAUGAUGGGCUUGCAUGCAGGAUUAGCCCCGGUUUUUGUCGCCCAGCCGGUGGGUUCUACACUCCUAUCACCUCACUCUAAAACAGCACUCUAGUGAUUCCCAUGCAGUCUCUUAUUCGUAGUGACACUGCUGCUCAUUCUCCCCCCUGGCUGCUACAUCUAGAGUGCAGCAGAACCAGUCUGUCUAUGCAUUUUCCUCCUAUUCGGUCCCUAGUGCUAUGGGCCUGUGCACAAACAAGGGGAGCAUUACUUGCCAAUAACUCAUAGUACUCCUGUUGUGGAGCUGUUACUUCUCAGGAUCAACUACCGCACGUUAGCUUGUUCUUUUCUUUACAGCUUACAGAAAGCGCCUACUAAAAAUGAGCUUUGGUAGGAGGAUUUAUUUUCCAUAUGUGAUGGUAAAACCACAAAUGUCCCUGUGUUGGUGCCAGCCAACCAUGGCGUGCCUGCUAAAAGCUGUAUGGUUUGUACAUUUAGAUAUUAGAUCUUAAUCAUGACUUGAAGGACAUGAUCUAACGUUUGUAACAGGAAUGUUCACAAACCUCCACCUCCAUCAAGGGAAUUCUGUUAUCCCUUCCCCAUUAAUUCUUUAGUUUUAUGUGUGCCAGACCGUGUCCCAAGUUAUGUCUGACCUUAUAACUCAAAGGUGGGGUGUGCAUUAAUCUGAGGCAGUAACAUACAGUAUCCAGUACUGGUAAUUCUAAAGCAAGUGGAGACUGACAACCUUCAGCUCUUAAUAUUGCCUGGGAGACUGACAACCUUCAGCUCUUAAUAUUGCCAAUAGGCUCUGUUACACUACCUGCUUAUUGGGGCUUAAGAUGGCCAUACAGUGAAAGAUCUGCUCAUUUUAGUGACCCUGUGGUGGGCGAUAUCAGGUAGGUCCAAGGGCCAAAGCUUCCAAUCACAUUGACAGCAUAGGAUGUAGGCCGUCGGGGCAAGGACCAAUCAACAUCUGGGUGAUUUUUGGCCAGGUAUCGAUUGGAAUAGACCCCUCUAAUGGCUCCAUAUGCAGAUCAAUAAACUGCCAACUUGGUCCUUCAGCAGCUUUAAUCAGCCAGUGUAUGGCCACCUUUAGCUAGGGCCUCUACAUACCAAUGCAAUGAUGAUAGAGCCUCCAGCAUGAACAAUGGAGAGAACAUGCUUUGGGGGUAUUUAGAGCAGGGUAGAAAUUGAAAUAUUUCCCAUUAAUUAUAAUUGUGAGCUUGCAUGGGAGAUUAUAAGUUACAAUUUUUCCCAAUAAUGAAACAAAAUAGUGUCUUUAGGCGCAAAUAGAAACUGUAUAAAAAUGUUCCUUUACCUUCAUAAGCAUAGUGGGCAGCCAUACGCUCUGCAAUGCUGUUAUUAUACAAUGAGCCCCCCCCUGCUUUCCUGGCUCUGCCACUUUCUAUUUCUAUUCACAAAUGAAGUACAAAAUUCUAAUGUUUUUAGAAGCUGGAAGUUAUUUUGUUUGGUUCUAUAAAACCUUCACAAAGUAUAUAGAAAAAAAGGGUAAAUGUCCAAGUAAACUUUGUUGCUAUUCUGAGAUGAUUUGUAUUUGAAUUUGUUUUUGCUUGUUUCUGCCUCUAAUUCAGAUUGCUGUCUGGUUGCCUGGGUCAGUGACACUUGGCAACCGGAAAAAAUGAUUUUAAGCGUAGCUUUUUGUACUUUAGUAUUGUGUCUAUGUGUUGUCUAGUGUCCGAGACCCUGGCAACCAGAUAACACAUCCAGACCGAGCACCAUCGAUCAAACUUCAUUCAGAUUCUGCCUAUAACAUAAAUCGCUUGCAAACAGUGGCAUUUGUGUUGCAAUACCAUGAAGGAUGUACUUACCCUUUAGCGCCACAAACAACUAUUUAAUAUUUCAGAAUUUUGUUUUGCGGGGUGGAUUUUUUUUUAUUUUUUUAGGGGCUUCACAGUAUUAGGUCCAUCUUUAAAUAUUAUAUCUAUGUCAUAACCUCAUUUUUUAACUUGAAUUAUUUUUUUUUUUAUUUAAAAAAACAAAAACAAAUAAAAAAAAAUAAAUACAAAAGUAUAUGGAAUUCUAUACCUGGUCUUGGGUCUGUAGUGAAAUGAUAUUUGGAAUGGUUUUUUUCCUUUCUAUGUGGAUUGAAUAAGAUGUAAUGUAUUGUACUUUCUAGUUUUUAAAUGUCGAGUAGCUUUGCUCUGUGCGAGCGGAUUCGUGCUUUUUAAGCUUGUGAAUAUGCCCCGCCCACAUCAUGUAUAUUUGUCCCAAUAAUGCAUCCUUGGGCUCUGCUCUGCUUUUUCACCUGUAUAGAUUAUUGAAAUACUGUACUUGCACAUCUUACCGUUGGCAUUUUGUAUAUUAUUUUCUAAAAUCCCAAUAUUUCACAAUAAAAACAUAUUUAAAAUUGCA